GUUUUCCUUUGGCGUACAAAUUGCGGCUUUCUUUCUUUCUUUUUGGUUCAUUUCCUGGUCUUUCGGUUUUACAUUGGCGGGAUACUCUAGAUUGGCGGGUUUUCUUUCUUUUCGGCUUUUACAACAUAAAUAUGGUGCGCCUGGUGCUUGAAAUCUUUGUAUUGCGUUGUUUCCUUUGUGUCGCAUGGCUUAAAUCGCUCUCACGAACUGACGAUUCUGUUACGAUUUGUUUUGUUGGAGUCUCAUUCUUUGGGUGUUUUUCAGCCGGACUUGUCUAUAUUUUUUUGUCCCUCUUUUCUUUUGUCCCUCUUUCUUUUGUCUCUCUUUCUUUUGUCUCUUUCUUUUGCGCUCUCUUCCGGUUUGGAGGGUAAUCACUUUAGAUGCAUAGGCCUGGAGUUAUGCUUUUGUUUCCGUUUGUUGUCUUGUAUUAUAACUUGUGUUGAC